AUGGCGUGCAACUCUGGGUUCCGGCGGCGAACUCGUGAGGUGGCCGUCCCCGCUAUAGGCAAGGGCGUAUGCCCGAGCGAGGAUGACGCCGCGCGGCUGGAGAGGAUGCCAUGCAACACGGAGCCAUGCGUUGGGGACGAGACUUGCGUAGGGGAGCUGGACAUCGUGCUCGCGAUCGACGGCAGUGGAUCGCUUGGGGAGGAGGGCUUCGCGGCAAUGAGGACUUUCGCUGGCAAGUUCGUGGAGCGUCUCAAGCCGCAGGCAUACGGCCACGAUGCCGUCCAGGCCGGUGCUGUGCUAUUCGGCAACGGAAUGUUGGACAAAGACAAGGUUAUGUCCGACGCCAUCAUGGUAUCUGCUCUUACGACAGACAUGGCGAAGCUCAAAGAGUCAAUCGAUGCUCUCGAGUGGCAAAGGGGCAUGACGAACAUGGCCCAGGCUAUACACAAGGCAAAUAACGUCGUCAAGACUGGGGCGCGGAUGAAUGCACAGACGGUCGUGAUUCUCAUCACCGACGGCCGCAUGGCUUUCAAGUCCCAGGUGGCGAAGGCCGUGGAGGACAUCCGCAAGUCUGCACGGCUGAUCGUGGUGCACGUGCAGAGCCACCCUCUGGUAGACUACGUGAAUCUCCUCAAGGGCUUUGCCUCGAGGCCAUGGAUGACCAACUACAUGCUGGUCCGCGGCAGGGCGCUCUUGAGCGUGGAUUACGCCACCCCCGUCAGCACGUUGGUCGCCCGCACGUGCAAGAAGGUCGUGUCGCCGUCGGCCGCGAGUACGCGUGCCACCACCCAGGGGUUCGCCUUGGAGCUGGAGGGCUACAGCUGCGGGGACAGCACCGUCAGUUCCAUGCAACGGUCACCGGCGGACUGCCUCGCGGCCGCCUACGAGGCGAGCCCUGACUUCAAGGCGUUCGCUUUCGGUGGCAAGCCCGGGCCCGCUCCUGGGACGGUCGUGAAGGCCGGCGUCCCGCUGACGGCGGACGCCACCCCGUUCUUCGUGUACCGGUGCGACGUGUACGCAGAGGACUGCACCGCCGACAACGCCCACAAAAACGAGACGCACGACGUUUACAAGCGCGUGGACGUCAGCGCCUGA